UUCAUAAUCCGCAGCAUGGCACAUGGUGUAUACAUCAUUGCGUUGGCGGCCUUGGUUGUCCGGACAGCGGCCGAAACAUUACCGGACCUAAACGAUGAGACGCUUAAGGGCCAUCCAAGUCUUUGCAAAAAACGGCUUGGUAUUUUAAACCUUAAACUGUUGGAGCCGCUGCCUGGCCAGGGCUGGGACAACUUGCAGAACGAAGAAAGGAACAUGGUCGUCAAACACGAAUACCUUUACUGCAAAACAACGGCGGAUGAACGGUUUUUAAUUCCGGACGGGUUUAAUGUGUAUCCGAUCAAGAGCACACACAUACGAUCAGAUUCAGAGGUGUUCGAGCAUUGGGACAAUUUUACAAGUUCGGAUUCCAAGACAAUAAACGCUAAUGCUGGACUCAACGUCCCUAUCAUCAAAAUAAGCGGGAAGUACUCAAAGGAAUACGAGAAAACGAAAACAACUCAGUAUAAAGAACAAACUCAAACUAUUCGACUACAGUUUCGAAACUCAAAGUAUUGGGCGAGAAUCGGGACGGAAGCAAAAUUAACCGAGUCUUUCAGAAACAGGCUUGUUCGUAUUGGUCAGUACAUCAUGGACAACAAAACCGAGCAUGCAACAUACGACAGUGAGCUGCUAGUAAGAGAGUAUGGAACACACGUCGUGACCGGUGUCGAAUUGGGGGCCAAUCUAAUAAGGGUUGAUCAUAUGCAGUCGAAAUACUCGAAACUGUCGGAGGAGUCGAAAACGAAGAUUAGAUACCAGGCCGAACUAUCAUUUGGCUCCAUGCUGAAAUUUUUGUCUGAUGCGGGAUUUGAUAAAAGCGAAUCGUACACGACUAGCAGUCACCAACUUUAUACAGAAAAUAAGGAGUCGACCGAAAUUUGGACAGACGGAGGAAUUGAGUUCAGGAUGACCGAGGAGUAUGAAAACACAUGGCUAAAUUCCAUAGAAGCAAACCAAGUUCCAUUAGAUAGAGCGGGUGUGCCGUUGCACUUUUACAUAAAUGAUAUAAAACUCCCGGAUGUUCCAGACUACGUUGUUGACAAGGUUUAUUACAAAGUUAGAGAUGCUGUCCUUUCUUACUAUGAACAUAAUGUUGUCCGAGGAUGCACACACCCUGAUUCACCAAAUUUCAACUACGUCGCAAAUUACGAUGACGGCUCCUGCAACCCUCCACUUGAAACGUAUUACCUCGGCGGAGUUUAUCAAACUUGUACCAUGUAUAUUCCAGGAGGAUGCACUGGUACAAAUCUUUGCCUAGCCACAGGUGUCAACAACCCAUUGACUGGUCUACAGUCAUGUCCCGACGGAUAUGAGCCCAUCCCUUUGAAUAGAGGACAAAAAACGGGGAGUUGUUCUUAUCGGACAAGUCACAGUUGUGGUUUUCUGUGGCUAAGCACCUGCUAUAAUUAUUACACGAAAGCUACCACGGCGAACUAUCAGGCCUACUGGUGUGCUCCUAUUAAUUCAACCGACUCAUCGCGUACCAGAAAUGGUGUCCUGUUUGGUGGAAUCUAUACAACAAACUAUGCAAAUCCAGUCACACAAUCUACCAGCUGCCCGCCGCAUUUUUACGCCAUUAAAGUUUUGAACGAUCUCUCUAUUUGCGUCAGUACAAACACUGAACUCGGUUCCUACCAUGCUGUUAACUUUGGUGGAUUCCACAGCUGUAGAAACUCAAAUCCAUUUCACACAGACAACGCCUAUUGUCCCAUUGGCUAUAGUCAGCACUUGGCAGUCAUAGACGAGGAAUGUCAAAUCGAUGUUUGCAUUGAAAUGGGAGCCUUGAAAUUGGGGGCUUUGCCGAAAAUCCAAUUGCCGCCCUUCAUGCCAAAACCUCUGACAUUCCUUUUAGAGCCGAACGCAACUUCGACAGAAGAACCUGAAUAAAAUCCUGAAGACAUUCUUGGAGAAAAUAUCAAAGAAAGUAGCGAGAACUGAGUAAAAAUGUUGAACAAUUAAAACAAAAUUGAGAUACGAUUGUAAUGUAACCAUGUACUUGACUUAUUGUAUUUUUUCUUGCGUAUAUUUUCCUUUGUCGUCUAUAAUUCAUCUUUGAUAAUACUUUUGAAAUGCAUUUACAAUAAAUUCUCGCUAUGUAUAUUAUAUCUUCUACCUUAUUGCAAAUAAAAAAACUCACCCGAA